AUGAGUCGCUUACCCUCAGUAUCCAGCCUCAUGUCCCCCCCAGAGUCUAAACCUUUCGAAUCCUUUAAUCCUACAUUUUCUCCUUACAAGAUGUCGCAGGAUCCAUCUUUUAACAAUGAAAUGAAACUCGCUCCUAUUUCUGUUGACAGAAAGCGAACACAGUCAGAAAUGGAUCUGCCAUCGCCACCUGUUACUCCGUAUACGGGGAACAAGAAAAGGAAGUCAAUCGUCUCGGACCAGCACGACGGCGAUGGCCUCAAUGGAUCCUCGAGAGAUCCUGUCCUUUUUCCACGGCAUGAAUCUAUUCCUGAUAUCGCCACUGAUGAGCCAUUAUUUGGCCCCAUGCUUCCAUCCUCCGCAGAGGCCUUAGUUGAACAGCAUAUUAAUUCCCACAUGGCGAGGUUUGAACAUAAAGUCAAUAAACCCACACGCGAUGAAUAUCUUUUGGCUCUUUCGUGUGUGCCGAUCGUAUCAGCCCAAUAUAAUCGCAACCCGGUCGCCUGGGCUAGGGAAGAAAGGGAAACACUGGAGCGUCAGUUGCUAAUGAUGAAUCGACGACGCCCCCAGAGUUUAGAUGGGAAACUGAAAAAAAUUGCACCAGCGCCGACGAAAAGGGUGGUUCCUGCUCAACCCCGUAUGCAGCGGAUCCCCAGAACGAAGCGCACACCAAAGUCCACCCCAAAGCAAAAGCCUCUGGAUUCGUUUGACAUUCACACACCGAAUUCCAGGCCACCUCGUGCCAUAGGCACCAAUAGGGAUGACACUGAUUUUAACUCCAUUAAGGAUUACUCGCCAUCACUAGAGACUCUUGGUGGUAAUGCCAAAGCACUAAAGGCAGAUUGGAAAGGUCAGAUGCUAGACCUUAGUAAUGAUCCAGACAAACACCUGCUUAGCUCUGCCGAGCUCAAUCUAGCAGCUACACUGAGGCUUUCUUGUGCGACCUAUCUAUGCAGCAAGCGCCGCAUUUUUGAGGCACGUGUUAAAGCCUUGAACGUUGGCAAAGAAUUCCGCAAGACGGAUGCCCAGCAGGCCUGCAAAAUCGAUGUGAACAAAGCAAGCAAACUCUGGACAGCUUACGAGCGUGUCGGCUUGUUCAAGCCUGAACACUUUCGCGAGUACCUCAAGUGA